AUGCGCGAGCCAAUGCUGUUCUCGACGGCGGUCGAGCCUCCCAGCGCCCUCGUUUAUCUGGGGCUAGCCACGAGGUCACCCAGGGACCUUGCCGCCCAUAAAGAACGGGACGAAAACAAUGCCGCACAAAAUAAGAGCAGAUCCGUUUCCUACGGAGUCCUUGACGGCGGUCGAGCCUCCCAGCGCCCUCGUUUAUCUGGGCUAGCCACGAAGUCACCCAGGGACCUCGCCGGCCAUAAAGAACGGGUCGCUUUUGGCCUGGGCUUAACCGACCUGACCGUUCCGAACCGCGCCGGAACAGGGUUUCGCGAGUGGGACUGGGGUAACACUUACGAGCAGGGUUUCCAGACGGCUCAAGCCGCGAGAUGCAAGGACAAGAAGAAAGGAGACCCAGUGCCGGGUGGAGUCGACGAUGAAUAUUCAAAGUCCGGUAUAUUCGUUCCGGACGUUUCAACCGAAGGCUGGUUUGCGGACGGCCUGACCGGAGAUCAGUGCGAGGGUUUCGCACACCUGCUCCCUCCGCAUCUCCGUCCCGCAUAUGCAGAAGGCCAACACUACUAUUAUUAUUAUGAAGCCGAGUCGUGCUUUGUGCAUGUUCAGAAGAUGCCGGCGAUGGGAAUGCUUACGCCGUUGGGAAAGUUCGUUGAUGCGCCUCCUUCCCGCCAAACUGGGCGUCUGUCGAAAUCGGAAAGAUGCGCGCGGAAAGACUGCAAAAACCCAUUGCGCGGAGGGAAGAGGAGGAGGGGCACCGCGUGGAGGAAGCGAAAUCCGUACAGUGGAAUACCAGGAAGAGGAUUGCGUGAGAUCAAUCGGAUCUUCUGGAAUCUUCUGAACGGGUCUAAGGCAAACAGCGGCUACAACGACUCGAAGGCGGAUGUCCGAUGUCAGGCGCCACGUUUCGGAGUCAUCUCUGAUGUUGUUAACCCGGCUUUUGAUUGGAACUUUUCGGGAGGGGGAAGGGGGCGUGAGGCCACCCAGAGCUCUAACCAGGCUCGAAAGAACGAAGACAACCGGAUUGAUCAAUCCAGAAUUGCUCGCAACAGAGGGUCUACAGACCUCGAUCAAUGGGUGUGGGUCACAUCCGCACGAAGAACUAACACCCUCUUUUUGUCCGGUUCUCGCAAACAAGGGAGUGAGAGCGGAUCCGUCUUCACAGUACCCGUUCUACAUGCCCAGGAAGCGCACCCUUCCCUCGGGCGUCGACGUCCGCGGUCGGAGAGGGUUGAGCGGUCCACGUGUUCCGCGGCCACCGAGAACGUUCCAUCCGCCGACCACGCUGGUGCCAACAGUGGGACCGAACAUCAUAUUCAAAGCCCCCCCUCCUCGGGGAUUUAUCGGUACCGAAAAUGCCACGCGUCCGCCACCGCAUAUUUCCCGGAAGGCUGGACCGUAACGGACGAGCCUGUAUCCAUGCGAGACCGCCCGCACUACCGGAUCUCGUAG